GUUCUUUUGAUUUCUAGCACCUAGAUUUAUUCUGUAAUUAAUACAUAAUAUUAUACAGUUUGUAUGCAGAUAAUCUAGAGGAAUUGAGAUGAGUUAUUGUAAAUUAUAACUUUAUUAUUAUAGCCUUUUUUUCCUUGGUUAAGCCACGGUUCUAUGAAACGUAUUAUGUCGCUUAAUGCAUACAUGUAUGUAGUCACAAACAGUAUGUAAAAAUUAGAUUAAUUAUCUAAUAACGGUUUCAUAUUUUUGUAAAACACGACAGACGUUUUGUAUUGACCUGUGCUGUCCUUCUUGAGUAAAUAAAAUACUUUGUAAAGAUUAGAAUCAGUGUUAGUAAUAUCUAAAAGAAAACAUAAUCAGAACAGUGGAUCUAUCGGAAUUAAAAUUUAGAUAUCUAUCAUAAACUCGAAAAUGUGUUUUUUCACCUAACCUUAUUGGGAUCACAAUGAUAAAUGUAUCUAAAUAGUAGAAAGUAUCGAAUAACUUACAUAAUUUUAUUUCCUAUAUUGUAUCUUAUUGCGAUGCAAUUAAGUAGCAGAAUUAAUAAAAAUGAAUAACGCUGAAUUUACAAAGUGUUGUUUCGAAAUUUAUUUUAAUUAUAGCUGCAGAAGAGAAGACCAUAUGACUGCAUCGGGCCAAAAGACAAUAGGGUAUCGAAAAGUCAUUGACAAUUUGUGCAAAUGGAAAGACCUAAGCUUUUUUAUGCUCAACAAUUCCAAAGAAUGUAGUCUACAACCCUAUGGAAAAAAUAUGUGGGAAUAAUUUGUGAUGAGAGCAUCUCCACCCCUUCUCCUACUUCAGGCAAUUCGUUAGGAAUACGGGAGGGGUGUCUUUCUUAGGGAAUUAUAUGUAGUACUAUAGAACAUAUUGUCACUAACGAAUACAGGCGUCAUGACAAUCGUAGGGACAACAUAAACACUUCGGCAAACAACUCAUCAUUAUCUCUACUUGAACCUAGCAGAUGUCAACUGGAGCAGAUUGACCUCAACGUUUUUAAGGGUGUUGGAAGCAGAAUUUACAUUUUUGAGAAGUCAUUAAUGUUUACUGAAAAGUGAAAUGUCUUUCAAUUAUGAAUAUGAGCUCAGCCUUUCUCUGUGAUUCAGGUAGGCAGUUCUACACUCUGCUUAUCCACAACCGAGUAAAAAGUGUUGAUGGCAAUAUUAUUUAGGAUGCCUCGGAAUUUUUGUAGUGGGUGAGUUACCAAAAGACAAAGAUACGAGCAAAACUGUUGAAAUUUGUCGAAAUGGCCGCACCGAGACGUUUGUAGCUUUUUCAAUCCUUAAUUUUUCCACUGAAAUUCUGUACUUUCAAACGUGUUUUUUCACUGGCACGGGGACUUUUUUUUCUCUCUAAAAUUAUUAGAGUAGAAAACUGCGAUGAUAAUGCCACAUUAAUUGAACUUAGUGGUAACAGGGGACACAAAUAUUAUGCAAAUUAAGCGCUCUUAAGUCAUUGUCCAUAAAAAAAAAGUGUACAUGUUUUCUUUAUUUUCACAUGAAAUGUGUCUAAACCAUUCACUAUUACAGGGUAUGUUCGUGAUGGCCGAGCGAUAAAACUUGAUGUUCUUAUUUCAGUGGAUGACAAAAUCAAUUACCCAAUGGUUAUUCAUUAACUCAACAAGUCUCCACGACCAACAGAACCAGGCUAAAGUUAUUUUAGGUUAACACUACGAUAAUCACCAACAUCUCCUACAGUCAAACUGAAAAGACCUUGAUUGAAGCUCACCAUUCCAGUAAGAUACACCAUGAAAUCGAAAAUUAUGGUUAAUAAGAUGCAUAUAUACGCAUGGAUACAAAUACAUGAACUAUUUCAACAUAAAUACUGCGGGAUGAAAUAGUAACAUUAGUUAUCUCACAAAUAAAAGGGUUAGUAAUGCCACUAUCUCAUUUUUAUAGUAAUGAUUUAACAAACUCCCUUUUUUAUUGCCUCAAGCUCUAUCAUUAACCAAA